GAAGUAUUUGUCGUCUCUUGAGUCUUGUCUUGUGUAAGGGCAGUCAGCUGGUGGGCCGACGGUGAUCACGAUGUCCUUCCUGUCCCGCCUCACCCCGGCCUUCAGGAUCACCCUCAAUCCUGGAGUCUGCUAUGCUUCAGUGAAGAGACAGAGCUCUAGUAAGGUGUAUGGACCCUUAGCAGAUGAAGAUCGCAUCUUUACCAAUCUUUAUGGCCGUCAUGAUUGGCGCCUCAAGGGAGCCUUGGCUCGGGGGGACUGGUACAAGACCAAGGAAAUUUUGGACAAGGGUGUCGACUGGAUCCUGGGAGAGGUCAAGACAUCAGGGCUGCGAGGCCGAGGAGGUGCUGGAUUUCCCACUGGCAUGAAGUGGAGCUUUAUGAACAAGCCGUCAGAUGGGCGCCCAAAAUACCUUGUAGUAAAUGCAGAUGAAGGAGAGCCUGGAACCUGCAAGGACCGUGAGAUCAUGCGACAUGAUCCUCACAAACUGGUGGAGGGGUGUCUGAUAGCAGGACGGGCCAUGGGUGCAAGAGCUGCCUACAUAUACAUCAGAGGCGAAUUCUACAAUGAAGCAUCCAACAUGCAAGUUGCCAUCAAUGAGGCAUACAAGGCAGGCUUCCUGGGCAAGAAUGCAUGCGGCUCAGGCUAUGACUUUGAUGUGUUCAUGCACCGUGGCGCAGGAGCCUACAUUUGUGGAGAGGAAACUGCACUCAUUGAGUCCUUGGAAGGCAAGCAGGGGAAGCCACGUCUCAAACCUCCCUUCCCUGCUGAUGUUGGUGUAUUUGGGUGCCCUACUACAGUGGCAAAUGUAGAGACUGUUGCUGUAGCUCCGACCAUCUGCCGUCGUGGAGGAAGCUGGUUUGUUGGCUUGGGUCGUACACGUAACAGUGGUACCAAGCUCUUCAACAUCUCAGGCCAUGUCAACAACCCCUGCACUGUGGAAGAGGAAAUGUCUGUGCCUCUCAAGGAGCUUAUUGAACGCCAUAGUGGAGGGGUUAUUGGUGGAUGGGACAACCUGCUGGGAAUCAUUCCUGGAGGUUCAUCCACCCCUGUAAUUCCUAAGCAUGUUUGUGAAGAAGCUAUCAUGGAUUUUGAUGGGCUGGUGGCCUGUCAGACUUCUCUGGGUACAGCUGCUGUCAUUGUCAUGAAUAAGCAGACAGACAUUGUGAAGGCCAUUGCACGCCUUAUUGAGUUCUACAAGCAUGAGUCCUGUGGCCAAUGUACACCAUGCAGAGAAGGUGUCAGUUGGAUGUUCAAGAUCAUGACAAGAUUUGUGAAGGGAGAUGCCCACCCUGAGGAGAUUGAUGCCCUGUGGGAGGUGUCCAAGCAAAUUGAGGGCCACACUAUUUGUGCCCUAGGAGAUGGUGCUGCCUGGCCGGUGCAGGGACUUAUCAGGCAUUUCCGACCAGUGUUAGAGGAGCGAAUGGCAAAUUAUGCUGCUGCUAAGACAGCAGCUAAUUAGAACUUACUGUAUUUGCAGUAUGAUGUAGAUAGUCAUUUUUUUUUUUUCAGGUUCAAUAUUGUUUCAUAUGUUUGUUGGCAGUUUUCCUCAUUUGUAAAAAAAAAAUUUAGUACAAGUUAAAAUAUUUGAAAAUAGUAUCCAUUGUCAAUUCACAUUCAUUUACGUUAAUAUAAUUGCAAGAAGACUAGUAUUUACUAUAACUUGACAGUUUUACAGAGGGAAAAUUAUUGAUAUUUAAUGGUUUUGCAAUCUUUUUGCUCUGUAAGACUAAUUGCAGCUUGAAUUCAUGUAUGUGACGUUAAUUCGUAUAUAUCUUAUGAAAGUUACGACACCUUUGUUUCAAAUAUAACCAUGUAUGUUCAAACUGCUGCAACAAUUGUAUAUAUUGA